AACAAUAGUUUCGUACAAAACUGGCCUUAAGGUUAUAGGUUACACUACUCGGGGUUAGGUAUGCAGCAGGCGACAAAUGCUGAGCAUUGACUACAGGUGUUGUCGUCUGAAGUUCUGUGUCCCGAGUAACCAGAGCUUCGCUGAGUAAUUGUGUACACCUGUUACUAUGUGUACAUGACCUCAGGAUGAAUAGUGCCAGUCAAUCUCACUCACCGUGUCGUUUACAUUGUGCGCAGAAUUGCUAAUGAAUGUACUUUCACUCAGGACGAUUCCAUUCGGGAGGGUGGAGAAGAGUUAGAAAUUACAUGUACUUAGGUUUUUGUUUUCGUUAUCUUUUAGAUAUUGUAUCUACCUCCUAGUUUGUCAACAUAUGUAGUGGAAGAAUAUCUGCUGACUACAUGCAUUUUAACAUAACAAAUUCUGCACCCCUACACAGUAGAAUGGAACUGCCCGUUCGCCCCACAAGGUGUAUAAUCACGUGACUCGGUCUUUUGUACCUUUGAUGUGCAGCAGGUUGGAUAACACUGUUUGGAAACUAUUUGUGUACGGAGCUUAUGGUAACGGGGUGUGUUAUUUCAGUCCUGAAGUAUAUUAUUUCAUGACACUUGGGUCACAGGUACGGACAUUCUUUCUUUGGCCUUAAGACUCACUCGACGUCAAGAUAUGGUACAAAGUUUGCUGAACAGCACGGGCCCUGCAACGUGACUAAGUGAACGUGCCGAUCAGAAUGUACGCGUAGUCGGUGUUGAAGACUGCCAUAUUUCCGGUCAUCAAUCGCUCUACACUACACGGUGCUGGUGUUGUCCACUCUUGUGCAAGGCAUCAUGGGCUCAGGCUCGUCGAAAAAGAUGGCGCCCGUCGCCACAAGGACGAUCGAGACACAGACUGACGUCAGCAACCUCGAGGACGUCCCGUCACAGUCAGAUCCUGGGACGAUGUAUUUCCAAGCCCGAGCGACACACGGUCCCGGUACGAGAGCACCCCCACCGACCGCUACCGUACUACCGGUCACGGCCAACGGGCAACACAAGACGGCAGGGCAUGGCGGGAACCAGGAGGGAGUUCUGCCGGCCCCCAAACCUCCAUCAACGUCUAAGGACCAGCUCACGGCGAAUCAGAACUAUCAAGAGAUGGAUGAACGCGCUAGACAGGCUACAGCGUCAGAGGCUAACUCCUUCGAUGGGCUAAACCAGUAUCUAAUGAAGGGGAAGAAAGAAACGGUUGCUGUGGAAAGUACGCCAGGAUCAUCCCAAAACCAUGUGGGGGACGGGGAAACAGCCGAUACCGAUAAGGAGGGUGCCCAACAUGGCGCCGUCAGACCUGAAACCUCGCGAGAUCAGUCUCAAGCGAACGGCGAGACAGGAGAGGUGGAGGAGGCGAGAAACACCGCGGGAACCAACAAUACGCAACAAGAAGCCGCUGGGACUCUUCAGGAAGAUGUCGAGAGGCAAAUAGAGGAAGCAAAAGCUACACAGGCGAAGAUAGACAUGCAGCGACAAAUGUCCAAAAAGAGACAACAGUUAACGCUGCAGGAAAAGUUGGAAGCACGAAAAAGGAAAAGGCAAGAAGACGUCAACAGACAAGAGGAGAAAAGGGCGAGGGAGGAGCUAGCGGAGAAGCACGGAAUAGCGAUGCCAGAGCAGGUCCUUGGCCAACAAACACAGGUGACCGACGUGAAGGGAAUGGCAAAGAGUAAUACUGAGGGAAAAACCGUUAGAUUCGCCGACGACACCGCUCUGAACUUGGACGAAAAGCAUGAAGAGGUUGUCAUACCCUCAGAAGAGCCUGUUCCAAAAGGAAUCGACAGACACGAGGAGAUCAAGAAGGCGGAAGAAGCAGCUCCAUUGAUGCCGAAGAUGCCCGUGACGAAGAAGGCGUCCGUGUACAAGAAGGAGGACAUCUCACUCUUCAAGGACUUGGAGGACCACGCUGUGUCACUUGCUCUUGUGAAACCCAAGACGACGGACACGUUCGCGACCCUGAUGGAGGUCCUCCUCAUCCAUGACCUCUCUGACCUGGAGAAAGUGCGCAUGAUCUUCCACUGGGUCACUGCGCAGAACCUGAACGAAAUGUCGUUUGGUGAUGACGUAGAGGACGACUCCCCAGCUGGGUACCUGAAGGCCAUUAAAGAAGAAAGGCAGACGUACGCCACGCUGUUCGAACGACUUUGCAGUGCUGCUGGACUCCACUCCAAGACUGUCCACGGGUACAUGAAGGGUGUGCGGUACAACCCCGACCACCAUUUUGACGGCCCAGGAGACCGACACCGCGGAACGUGGAACGCCGUGUUGGUGGACGGGGAGUGGCGCCUCAUCGACUGUCACUGGGGCUCCAGACAUGUCACUGGUGAUGACCAAGUCGAUAUCGACCAGCUGACCACCGUGUACAAGUACGAAGAGUUCUAUUUCCUUACUGACCCUGAACAGCUGAUCGACACCCACUUCCCCGACCAGCCUGAGUGGCAGCUACUAGACAAGCCCAUCUCUCUCGCCGACUUCGAGGCAGGCGUCAAAUGCUGGCCUCUGUUCUACAAGCUGCACGCGUCGCUGGUCAGCCACAAAUCCGGGAUAGUUCACACGGAAGACGGCACGGCCGAAAUACGCGUCGGUUUCCCGAAAGACGAUUUCACCAAAGUUCGGUUCUCCUAUCGACUCAAAACAAAGGAUAGACAAGACACAGUCGAUGGAGUCGAACUGAACCGGUAUGUUUUGCAAGAGACCAAGGACGAUCACGAGAGUUUCACAGUCCAAGUACCCACAGAAGGGCGGUAUCUCAUUGAGAUAUACGGAGGGGAAGAUACGGGAGAUCAGGAGCACACGGAGACCUCUAACGUCUGUCUCUACAUGGUAGUUUGUGAGUCCGCGAAGCAAAGCUGUACCCCGCUCCCCGAGUGUCCGAUAGCGUGGGGCCCUGGCAGGGACGUGGUGAAAGCUGGGAUGACUCCGCUGAGUCACAAGGAGGCUGUAAUCAAAACAGACACAGGACAAGUCGAGAUCAAGUUCAGGCGGCCUAGCAAUCUCGACUUUAGGCAGAACCUGUACAAGGUCAAGUGCGAAGAGACCGAGCUGGCAGGGUUCGCGGUUAACGCGUUGAAGAGCGAUGAGGUGACCUUCCUGGUCAGGGCACCUGAGAAGGGAACCUACGGACUGAUAAUAUAUGGUAAAAACGGAGACGGAAGCAAAUUCUCACAACUGUGCUACUACGUCAUAGAGUGUGAGAAGGAUCCAGACGGUGUCGUUCCGUUCCCACAAGCUGCCAAUCAUCAGUUCGGUCCGUUAGAACCUCAGUUUUCGGAACUCGGCCUUGUCAAAACAGAAAAUGCCAACUAUCACCUAAAGACUGAAAACGGUGAGGUCAAUGUGAACGUUAGGCUUACCAACGAAAAGCUAUUAGCUUUCAAACAUAUCUUAUCGUCUAGAGCGCAAGACGGUAAGGAAAGUUUGGAUCAGUACGUCCUCAGACAGACGGUGGACAACAGCACAUCCAUGUUGUUCCGCCCUCCCCAUGCCGGGGAGUACAGUCUCGCGUUGUACGCCGGGACAGGUACGGAACUAAAGAACGUGGUGAACUUCUUCAUCACGUGUGACAAGCCAAAAGAUAAUGUCCAGCCAUUCCCAGUUAUUGGGGACGCCAGCUGGGGGCCAAUCCUUCCCCCGUUCUCUGACAUUGGUCUCUCAUUGGUAGCCCCUAAGACUGCAUACAUCACAAGCGACACCGGGGAAGUUAUCAUCGACCUCGAUUUGUCCAAACCUGUCAUGUUGCGGACCCGUAUGUCACUCCACAAAGAUGGUACAAGUGAGAGCAUGGAUCAGUACAUUUUCUACGAACUAGGCAACGAAAAUGGAACAGUCAGCCUUCGUCUCCCGAAGGAAGGCAGCUACAAGGUUGAAAUGUUUGGACAAGACAUAGCAUCUUCGACAGAGGGUGUUCCCUUGGUUGCAAAUUUCUUUGUAGAAUGUACGAAACCCCUAACGGACGCGACACCGUUUCCCAAAAUCGUAGGUGCCAAAUGGGGACCGGGAUGUCGUCUGCAUGAGCCAACAUCCGGGGUAUUAUCACGUGAUCAGGUAGUCAACUUCAAGGUGGAUGUUCCGCAUGCGUUCCAGGUUGCUGUGAAAGGGGAUUCCGUGCAGGCGAUGAACAAGAUCGAAGGAAACACUUGGGAGGCGAAGUAUGCCAUCGGAAAGGCGGAGAAAUCGGUGACUAUUCUGGCAAAUUAUGAGGAAGGUUCGCAGAAAUUCGCUGGUCUGUUGGGUUUCACCGUCGCAGACUGAGGAGGACACGUGCAGUCAGAAGAGAACUGCUGGAAAUGUAUUCCCAAGAAAUAUACUGUUUAAACAAGUCAUAAUAGGUGUGAAAAUGUAUUUAUGUGAAUCUGAAUUUAUGAAGUACCGGCGUUAUUUCAUCUGCAAAACCAUUAGACUAAAACAACAACUUGUACAUUUGUUUUUAUUUAUCAACAAUACCCUCUGUAAUCAUUUUGAAUAUUGUUUUGAAUUUAGAAUAUUGUAAAAUAAAUGAUUUGCAAGUCAAGAUGUACAUUUUACGUCGAUUGUACCCCUGCAUCUUCAUGUAUACAUGUAUUGUGAAACAGCGACACCUUGCGAUUUCUAUGGCCUAACAGACCACCUGUUGAUUGUUUAUCUUACAAUCGCACCGUUUUCGUGCGUUUUGGCAUGUUCUUUUGUGUCUUGUCAUGGUGAUUA